AUGAAUACCAAAGACUUGGCUCGUGUCUCCUUAGAGACGGCUGACGCCUGCCUGGUGCUCGCUCACAAGUACUCGAGUGAUCCGGACGCCGAGGAUGCGGCCAACAUUAUGCGAGUGAUUGCCAUCAAGAAUUACUGCUCUCACAUUAAGGUGAGCCAAGAGCAUGCGCUAUAUGAGAGACACAAUGCUAUAGGAAAUUAA